AUCAAAACAGCGUCGAAGAUCUACGUGUUAUAAACCGUGGUUACAAAUCGAUAAUAACAUUAUUUGAAGGUCAAAAAAGUAACAUGAAGAGCACAUCUAACAUGACAGUAAGAAAGUCACAAGUCACACCACUUUAUUCUGUGGUGGUGACACUCAACGUAACGAUCUGUCUUAUCUGUCACAUGAGAAAGCAUUGGGAAAUCACGAUGUGCCCUACGAUAAAAAUUGGAAAGAGUAUGAGAAAAUGGUGUUACUAACCUGCGCUGCUGUAGGUGUGAUGUUGUUUCUCUGUUAUCAGGUCUUCCUUAAGCUUUAUUUCAACCUAGAAGCGCAAGUAUUCGAAGAGCUUCUGAUGGAAGUGUAUGCCUUGGACACAGAUCCGGUCUUCUCACAGAGAGGGGACGGUGACCUAAGACCAAUCGAACCUGAGAUCCCGAUGAUGAAAAUCUACGAUUCAACAACGAAAAAAAAAUCAAGGGUCUCACAUACUAUGCCUCAAAGAACAAGAAGUUGCCUAGAGAUGACAAUAACCAAAAAGAUUGCUCUGAAGAAACGUUACAACGAGGUUUAUUGAGUAUCCUACGGUUGGAUUUUUAAUAAAAUGCACACCAAAUCAUUUGAUUUACUUUUUAAAUUAGAAUAAAUGCCUCUGAGAUGAAAGGAUGCGAAGAGGAUGGCGGCGACAUUUUUCAUUUGCACGUACAUGUAACGGAACCAGGCGUUAGAGUUUUCCUUCUCUUCUCUUCCCCCCAAUGAUCGUAAUGCUACACACAUUAGAUGUGAAAUACACAUCUCUUAAUUGCCAUAAAAAGUAAAUCGGUCUGACAUCAAGAGUUAAAUCAUGAAAAAUUAAUAAGAAGGGGUGCUCAAACACCUGUGAACUGGAUAACUGCUUUCCAACUGAGGAAAUAACAGGACAGCAAAGUGGGUCAUACUUAUGAAGAUAUAAAAACCAGUCUCCGCCCUUUCCUUUUGUAAUUUUCGAGUUACGAGCCAAGCGUAGCUCUCACUUUCACGCCCUUCGAAUCUGAGCAUAAACAGCCAUUAAAGUUUUUUUUGCUUCGUUUACGUGUAAUCG